CGAAGGCCUUUUGUUCCGCGGAGGAGGAGCGGCUGAGCCCGCCCGGAAGGGAGCAGCGGAGCCGGAGGCGGCAGCCGGCAGAUCCACCCCGCCCCAGAGCCAGAAGCCUCCGACCCGGCCAUGUCGUACAUCCCGGGGCAGCCGGUCACGGCCGUCGUGCAAAGAGUGGAAAUCCACAAACUCCGCCAAGGCGAGAACCUAAUCCUAGGGUUUAGCAUUGGAGGAGGCAUCGACCAGGAUCCCACCCAGAAUCCCUUCUCUGAGGACAAGACUGACAAGGGCAUUUAUGUAACCCGAGUGUCAGAAGGCGGCCCAGCUGAAGUGGCAGGACUUCAAGUUGGAGACAAGAUCAUGCAGGUGAACGGCUGGGAUAUGACCAUGGUGACUCACGACCAAGCCCGGAAGAGGCUGACCAAGCGGAACGAGGAAGUUGUCCGGCUCCUGGUGACCAGGCAUUCACUGCAGAGGGCUGUGCAGCAGUCCAUGAUGUCCUAGCUGGGCGAUGGGUUGGCAGGGACUCCAGCCUUUGGCUUGUGACCCCUUGUCUUUACAGACCGGUCAGCCCUGGCCCAGACGCAGUGGGCUCCUUGCUGUCCUGGUGGAGGGAGGGGCUGGCUCGGGGAGGGAAGCUCCUUUUGAAGAUUCAGUCCCAGGGGUACCAUCCCCGUUUCUCUUGUGGUGUCAGAGUCCGUCCCCAUUAACUGGGGCUUCGCAGAGCAAGGACCCUGACCUGAGAGCAAGUUCCUUUAGAGUUUCCUCGCUGAAGCCGGAGUUCCCUCCACCACCAGAAGCUUCUGAACCCGUUCCUGUAGAAGGCAAAGAUCACAUUUCAAGUUUUUUGUUUUGUUUUGGAUGGAAGUCCAUUAUUGUAAAUAACUUUUUUUUUUAGUGUGUUACAAGGUCUGUCUCCCCACUCUAGUUCUUGGGCUUGGCAUACCAAAUACAGUCUACAAUGUGGCAGUCUGUAGCAAAGGGAGCCACAGGCCACCCCAGGAGUGCCAUUUUCAAGUGCAAGAGAUUGUGUGGUGCCAAAAUCCCCCUUUGAUUCCCCCCCAAGUCAAGGCUAUGUGAAUUUGGACUACAACUCCCAUCACCCCAGCCACAGUGGCCAGCAGUCAGGGAGGGUGGGUGCUGUAGCCCAGCCUUUUCCCAUCGACAUUCUGUAGCAGGAACCUUCAGCUGUCCUCUUGUGGAUAUGACCCAAAAUGCCUUAUGAAGAGAAGGUGCUCCAAAGGUUACCCAACGAUGUCUUGGUUACAACUCCUGGAAUUCAUAAUUCUGCCUUUCCAAAGUCGGCCUCUAAUCAUGUUCUACUGAUUUUUUUUUUUUUAAGUGUCCUUCCAGUUGAGUUUUUUCCAAAUUCCACUGUAAAUACCACACCCCCGAGGAAGUUUGUAUCACUAACUUAUUUCAGUAUAUUACUGCUAUUCCUCUUGUGUGCGCUGAUUUUACUUCAGUGACACACUUAAUUCUCAGUCUAAUUGGACUAAGGGAGGUGCCAGUUGGGCAGUACCACUAGAGGCCUCUUGUUCUAUGUUUUCUACUUGAGUCCAAGCGUGCUUUGGGUCCGUGUCUUUUUCUAACUUCCACUACAAGCCCCUUUUUGUACGUAACAGUCCAGAUCAGCCUUGUUUCUGCAGAGGGGCAGCUGUGUUGGGCCUUGCACUCCAUGGACAUACAAUAAAUAAAGCUGGGCUUUUGAGCUUGA